GCGGUCUCGUACAGCAGCAGGACAGGAGGACAGCAGCAGCUCAUCCAGCGAUGAGCCUCAAACUGUCCAGAGAGGGUCUGCCAGCAGGAGAAGGCCAAGAGGAAGGGGGAGAGGCAGCAGCAGAACCAAGGCUGGAGCGUCAACGAGCCCAUCUGGAGAGAGAUGGAAUGAUGUUGACAUUCCUGACAUAACUCCAGCUCAACCUACUUUCAGGCCAACAAACCCACCUGGACCCCAGCUAAUUCGGACAGCAACUUACACAGCCCUGCAGCUUUUCCAACUUUUUUGGACAAACUCCGUUUUACAGACAAUCCUUCAAAACACCAAUGAGUUUGGCUCGAUUCACCACUCCACACCCACUCACCUCUGGAUUGACCUGACAUUGCAGGACAUGUUUACCUUCAUGUCCAUGGUCAUCUACAUGGGUCUAGUGAAAUGCUCUGCACUUGCUGAUUACUGGCGAAAGGACAAUCUGCACAGCUUCCCUUUCCCAAAAAAGGUGAUGACCGGGAUGAAGUUCCUCCGAAUCAUCCGAUCCCUUCAUCUCAGUAGCAUGGCGGACGAUGCUGCUAAUGAGCAGAGGAGAGGCACAGCAGCCUUCAACCGCCUUUGCAAGAUCAAUCCACUUUACCAGGAGAUAAGAGAAGCCUGCAAAAGGAACUAUCACCCAGGCCAGGAUAUUGCCAUUGACGAGAGGAUGGUUGCCUCCAAAGCACGCACCGGCCUAAAACAAUACAUGAAAAAUAAGCCUGUUCGCUGGGGAUACAAACUGUUUGUUCUGGCAGACUCGAAAAACGGAUACACAUGGGACUUUUUUGUGUAUGAAGGAAAGCUCCAGGGAAACACUGGCAAGGGACUCAGCUAUGAGUCAGUGAUGGAGCUAAUGGACACACAGUUACUGGGCACCGGGUACAAGCUCUUUGUUGACAAUUUUUAGUCCCACCCUUUUCCGAGACCUCCUUCAGAAGAGGAUCUGGGCAUGCAGAACCAUCCGGACAAACAGAAUUGGAUUCCCGAAAACAAAAGAAAACAGUCUGGACUCUAAAUCUCCCCGCGGCAGCAUUCGCUGGAUAAGGAAAGACUCCCUCCUCCAGUGGCGAGACACAAGGGACGUCUUCCUGUGUUCAACACUCCACACAGCACAUGCACAGGACACAGUGCAGAGGAGGGUCAAAGAUGCAGAUCAGCACUGGGUACUGAAAGACAUCCCUCCUUCACAAAGACAUUGCAAAAGGAAAAGGACAGGUACCUCUGACCCAGAAGGCCUUCAGAGAGACCCUUGUUGUUGAGCUGGCAAAGUUGGGGUCUGACCUCUCACCCGGUCCCUCAUCUUCCAUCGUGCCUCAACCCACAGCUAGUCACAGGCCAGUGCAUAUCAGUGGAGACAGCACCGCUGGUCGGCUGAAGUGCAGGCACUGUGGUGUAAAGACACCAGUGAAGUGCUCAACCUGUGAUGUGGCCUUGUGCUUUGUCCCCAAACGUGACUGCUACAAUGACUGGCAUGUUGCCCAAAACAUUCUGUAAAAUUGUUUGUAAAUAAUUAGUGUCACAAUUCACUGUAUGUAAAUAGUUUGGUGUGUCUUAUAUAAACUGCUUUUCCACAAUAGCACUUGUUUUGAGUCUUUUAUAUGCACAAAGUUUUGUUUCAAGAAGGUAAAAAGCACUCUAAUGCUUCAGUUACUCUGUUUCAGCAACACUAAUGGUGAAUCUGAAUAUGUGAUAUGAUAGCCCUAAGUGUCACCUUUCAUUAGAGCCCAAACCUAUGACUGUAGGUGAAAUAGUUCAAAAGUUGUAGCUUUUUUAUGCUAGGUAUGUGGCCAUGGUUACCCAGGGUCCUUGGAGUCUCCAAAGGGCACUUAUAGAAAACGCCUGGAUGUACCCUUAGAAAAACAUGUGUAUAACAUUCAUUUUUACAUGGUAUUAUAUUCAACUUUUGAGUUGAAUUGGGUAAGGCUUCAAGCUGUGGUCCAAAGUUGUCUUCCAGCUAAUACCUACCACCUCUAGGCCUCUACA